AUGGUCAAUGGAAAAAAGCGACCUUUGUAUAUUAAUGUAUUAGUAGUAUUAAUAAUUGUUGUAAUAUUAUUUGUGGGGCUGGAAAUUCCGAAUAGGGUUGAAUGUGCUAAAGCAAAGAGUAAUAAUAGGCAUCAAGAAGUGGAAUUUGAUGAAUUAAAAGAAAAUUCGGAUUCAGUUGUGAAUGCUUUUAUUGUUGCUCAUUCUCAUUGUGAUUUGGGAUGGUUGGAGACUGUAAACUUUUAUUCGAAAUAUAAUGUAACUGUGAUCAUUGAUAAUGUGAUCAAGUAUUUGAAUGCUGAUCCACAAAAACGAUUUAUUUGGUCAGAAUCUGGUUUCCUUGAAAUGUGGUGGAAUAAUAGUACACAGACCCAGAGAGAUGCAUUCAAAAAAUUAGUUCAUAACAAACAAAUAGAAAUAGUGAAUGGAGGAUAUGUUAUGACAGAUGAAGCCCUUCCUACUUAUUCUGCAAUAAUAGAUCAAAUGACUCAAGGUCAUCAAUUUGUACAAAAAGUAAUUGGAGCAGAUAUUCAAGUUGGUUGGCAAAUUGAUCCAUUUGGAGCUUCUCGUACCUUUGCUUAUUUAUUAUCUAAAAUGGGAUUCAAAUAUCAUGUUGUUGAUAGAAUUGAUGAAAGAUUGAAACAUAAAUAUAGGGAAAUUCCUGGAAGUGGAACAUAUGCUAUUGAAAAGCAUUUCGAAUGGGAAUGGUGUCCUUCACAUUCAGAUCCAAAUUCAUGCAUUUUCACACAUGUUUUAGAACAUCAUUACAGUGCACCAGAAAUUUGUUUCAAUGACGGAACGUGUACAGGUUUUGAUUUUGAAUCUGACCCUGCAAGCAAUCCUCCAAUAACUAAUGAAAAUAUUGAUGCAAGAGCUUCCUUACUUGUUGAUUACAUGAGAAACGUUUCCAAGACCUACAGAACCAACAACGUGUUGAUACCAUUUGGAAACGAUUUCAGAUUCCAAAAGGCAAAUCUCAUGUUUGACAAUAUGGAUUUACUUAUUUCUUACAUUAACAAGAAUUUCCAAAGAUUUGGUGUUAAUAUGAGAUAUUCUACUCUCUCAGAAUAUUUUGAACAAGUCCAUAACAAAACCAAUCCAAAUGUAUUCCCUGUAAAAACAUAUAACAGUGAUUCCUAUAGCGACUACUUCCCAUAUCCAACUUGUUGGGGAGUCGAUGAGGAUCAAUUUGGUGAUUGUAUUGCCUAUUGGAGUGGAUAUUUCGUGUCUGAACCUCAAUUUAAACAAUUAGUUAGAGAAAGCGAAAGACUUUUAAGAAAUUGUGAAAUGAUCUUUACAGCUUGUCAAAGUGAACUUUAUAAGGUUGAGACAAGUCUCAAUAGAAAUAUUGAAAAAGAUCUCAAUCAAGCUGAAGAAGCAUUGCAAUAUAUGAGAAAUUCUGUGGCUUUAGCACUGCAUCAUGAUGCCAUAACAGGUACUGAAAAGAGAUUUGUUCUUAAAAACUAUACGGAUAUUAUUCAAAAUGCAACUGUUGCCCUAAAGAAUAAGACUUCUUUGAUUUUCGAAUAUGUAGCAACUAGAGGUGUUACAAAAGAUUUGCUAAAUGUUUCUCUCGACCAAUCCCUGUUACUAGAUGAAAAGAAACCAAUCUAUGCUCUCACCCUAUUCAACUCUCUUGGAUGGACAACCCAAGAAUAUAUCAAAAUUCCAGUCAAGGCCAACUCUAUUUCUGUUUAUUAUUACUCACGAGAAACUGGAGAUGUAACACAAAUAGAUUCUGAUGUAGUUAAGGAAAUUGAUGGAACCACCUAUCUUUACUUUAAAGCUUCUGUAGUUCCUGUCGGAUUCUCAACCUAUUUCAUAAUUCAACAAGACUUUAAAGCAACAACAAUUGAAAAGAAGCAAACACAAUAUGAAAAUGUUGUGAAUAUGGAAAAUGGUUACAUCAAGGCAACAUUUGAGUUGACAAAUGGAAAACUUCCAUACGUCCUCAAAUCUAUUACUAACAAAUAUACUGGAACAACCACUACAAUUUCACAAAAGAUUGCCCAAUACGUCUCUUAUGGAGAUGGUGCCUAUAUUUUGAGAACAACAGGUUAUGCACAAGAUUUAGUGUUCGAAACUGAAUAUCUUGAUUGUAUUAUUUCCAAUGGAAAAGUUGUUCAAUCAUUGAGCCAGAGAUAUACAAACAAUGUCACUCAAACUUUUGUGAUUUACAAUGAAUAUAACAUUCCAGAAAAUGGCUUUGUAUUAGACAUGUCUACAAGUGCUCAAACAGGAGAUAAUAAGGAAAUGAUCACCGAGUUCAGUUUAGGAGAUGUACAAACAACUCUUUACACAGACAGCAAUGGGUAUGAAAUGAUUGAACGUCCGUAUGCACCAUCAAGAUUUAAUGAUAGCUACUUCUUUAACAAAAUUGCUGGUAACUACUAUCCAAUAGUGGAAUCAUCAUUCAUCAGAUCAAAUGAUAUCCAAUUAACGUUAUUCACCAGACAAGCAGCAGGAGUUGCAAGUCUUAGAAAUGGAUCAAUUGAAUUCAUGUUGAACAGAAACACUUUAACUGAUGACGAUCGUGGUUUAGGUGAAAAUCUUAAUGUAACGCAAACAGUUACUAUUCCAUUAAGAAUUCUUUUAGCUCCACCAUCUGACUCGAGUAAUUAUAGACCAACCAUUUCAAAAUUAUUCAAUGCCCCUGCUUUGAGAAUGUUUUCUAACUCUAUUUCAUUGUACGCCUCACUUGCCACUGAUAGCGACAUUAAAGAGGCUGUCCUUACCUAUGUUGGAAAAUUCAAUUCUGAAUCGAGAUUCCUCAAUGAGUUGCCAUCAAACAUUCACCUUCUUUCACUUCAAACCAGAAAUAAUGUUACUACACCUAACCAAAGAUUUACUGCUCUCAGACUUCAACAUAUUUAUGAAGCCCAAGAAAGUUUAAUUCAUUCAAAACCAGUCACAUUAUAUCCACAGGCAAUAUUCUCUGAUUACUUUAUUAGUAAUAUUGUGGAAAUGACAAUGUCGCUAAAUUAUGCUACGAAAAAUCUAAACUUUACCAAGAUCAUUCUUAAACCAGGCGAAAUUAGAACAUUCAGUCUCGAUUUAUGGAAUUCUGAACAAGGAGAUGAUUGGUUUAGCAUAAGUUCUUUCCUGUUUGGAGCAGCAGCUGUUAUUCCAGUUUUCUUAAUUGUUAUUGUUUUGAUAAGUGUAACAUUAAGUUGUCAGAAGAAUCGUGAGAUUUCAGAUUCUAAUCAUCAUAAUGUCAUUAAUGAAUCAACUAGAUUCUUUGAAAGAGAUGAGUAAAUAUUUAUUCAUCAUCCUUAUCAAGAUAAUCCUCUUUGAGAUGUCCUGAUAUUACCGAAUUAUUCUUGAUUGUUUGUGUUGAAAUUGUUUCCUUACUAUGUACAAUAAUUUUUUUCAUAAUUACUUCUUGUGCCACCUCAUUUACAAUAAAAUAGUGAUUUUCGUUAAUAUUAGUCUUGAAUACAGAUAUGUCCGCAAUUUCCUCUGUUUUCUUAACCUUGGAAGUGUACAAGAAAGGUCCUACACAACCAAUAUUUUCAUAAUGAUAUAAAGUCAAUAAAUUAUGCAUUAGGUUUCUGCUAUUGAUUUCUGACACCAUAAUACCUUGACCAUGGCAGAUGGCAAUAACAUUAUCGUUCAAUAAUUCAACAGCUCUAACAAAGCCCUCCCUUGAGUUGCUUGAACUGGAUAAUAUAUCAGAAGAACUACUAGUCAACGAUUCAGUAGAGAGUAAUAAGUUUGUCGGGAAUGAUUCACCACUUGCUGGCGAUCCCAAAGUAUUACUUCCAGGAUCAAAUAAUGGAUAAGUCUUGAAUUUUGGUUCAACAAUAGUAGUGUACAAGUCUGAUUCUGAAUAUACGAUUGAUGCAGAAGAAAUAUUAGAAUCAUUCAUAUCCUGUUUUUCCAUUUGUUCUGCAAUUCUCUUUCUCCUCAAUUCAGAUCCAAUCAAAUCAUAAAUAAUUGAUUUACAUCCUCUAUACUCCAUUUCAUAUGGAACAGGUAUUUCUAAAAUUUGUGAUAAUUGCUGAAUGACAAGUACUAAAUAUCCAAGCAUGGCUGAUAAAUUCUGUGAAGAAGGCCAAGUGUCUUUAAACGAUCCAACUUCAUUCAAUGCCUUUUGUGUAUAAUAAUCAAAAGAAUCAAAUUUUGCAAUUGCUUCAAUAAAAUCAAAUCCUUCCGAAAUUACAGAAAUUGGCAAUUUAAAAUCUCUUUGCAAGAAAUACAACUCCUUACUACUUGGAUCGCAUUGAAUAUGUAAUACUAAUUUGUUUGUACUUUUAGCUUGAGUGAUGAUUUUCCCAGAAUUUGUAGAAAUCGGAAAUGAUUGAAAAAGACUGAAACAACUUGUUCUUCUCAUCUUUUCAAACUUUUCCGAAUUAAAUCCUUUCAAACUCUGAUAUUGAGUUUCCAUACUCCCUCUAUUCUCCUGAAUAAUAUUUCUCAGAGAAUUUCUAGCCUGUUCAAAUUCUUCCUUUCUUUUCGUUUGAUCAUCAAACAUUUUCUUACAUAAUUGUUCUUGAUUUGUAUUUUCAUGUUGUAUUUGCUUAAUAUACUCCUUCAGGAGCCUAUUCUUCUCCUUCUGAUUUCUUACAUUCCUCUGAAGAACCGUUAAUUGUUGUUGAUCGUUUAAAAUCUCCUUUUCAAGCCUUUCCUUCAAUUCGUUACGUUUUUUCAGUAAUUUUGCAUAUAAUUCCGAUUUGCCCCUGAUGGCUUCCAGCGUGCAAGCUGCACAAACGAAUUGUUGUCUCUUGAUGCUUCCCUCACAGAUGGAAC